AUGCCCCUUGCCAAUGAAAAGGAGCAGCAUGAGCUGGCGUUACCAGCUGCUGAGGAUGAUGAGCCAGAUGAUGGUGCCGAUCAUUACUUUAUAAUUUUGGAUUUCCACAACCCUCAGCUGUUGCCUGUGAUGUCUGAGCUCGGGAUUAACAUUUCAAGUGUAAUUAGAAUUUCUUCUGAGAAUUAUAAACCAUUGCAGACGUACUUGGAAGCAGCUAAACUUCAAGAACAAUCUUCACGUUCACCUGAAGUGGUAGAAGCAGAGAAAAGAAAGAAAGACGAAGCUAUCAAAGACCUGGAAAUGUUUUGGAAAUAUCUGGAGCCAGUUCUGAACAGUGGAAAACAUGGAUCAAGUCUCUUUGAUGUUGCCAGACUUCAUCACCUAGUUAAGGAGAGUGCCUUUCCCCCGGACUGGUCCGACAGAGGAGUGCUGCUGGCGUUUGGCACUGCGCUGUUGGGACGCCUUGCGUGUUUGAUGGACGACUGCCUGGACUGGAGGAGGCAGCAUCGUAACUACUUGGAAAACACCAGGUUUAUUAAUGUGCCUGCGUUAUCGGAGAGCAGAUCCACACGGCCGCCUGCAGCUGAGGCAAGGGUACAACCACCAUCACAGAUUACGCCUUCAAAGAAAAAAGGGCAAGCAGAAGAAUUUCUGCCUACAGUAAUUUUGUCACAGGAGGAAGAAGCUUCUCUUUUGGCUACUUCUGUGGACAUGAGGCAUUACAAUGACUUGCUGAGUCAGAUUCCUGAGGAAUACAUUUCUGUACCCUUAAUACUGAGCUGCAUGUUGGAACAGGUUAUUGCAAGUGAAGAAGACCUUACGCCGCCUAGUCUGGUGGUGCCAGAGCCCCGGGCAGAUGGGCUACAUCACACCCUUGCAGACCAUAUAGCCUCUAUCCUUCCUUCUCUUUCACUUUCCCAGAGGGAAAAAAAGAAUCUGCAUGACUACUUUUCCCCUAACUAUAGCAAGAAAAAGACUGUCACCCCCAAGUACCCUCUGUUAUUUAACUACCAUGAUACCCUGGCUCAGCGGUUGCACCCCCUGAAGGUCCAGGAGAACUUAAAUCCAGAAAAGAUUGAACAUGAAAUGAUGGAUAAACUGCCUCUUACAGAACUUAUCCAUUUCACUCUUCCCUCAGCUGAAGACAACACUAAACGCUUGGCCAGAGUUCACGAGCUCAGGCAUCAUUGUACCAGUGAACUUCUGAGUUGGGCUGAAGUAGAAAGAGCCUUCAGAGUGUUUACUUUUGAAAGCCUGAGGCUGACGGGCCUGAGUGACUCUGGUCUCCUGGAGAGCUCUGGAUCUAUGGUUGGAGCUGGUUCUGAAGUGUCUUACAUCCCUUGGGAGAAUCCAGCCCGCUUUGCAAGACAGCUGAGACAACUGUUCCUUAUGGAAAAGAGGCUUAGUGAGAAAUCUCCAAGAGGCUCUGGACAUACAGAUGCAAAUGGAAAAGAUGGAAGAGAUGGUCUGGCUGAUCCUGUUUUGAACAAAGAAUUGGAUCUUUUUAUUUCUGAUACGGUAAGUCUGGAAAAUUGUGGCCUAGGACCAAACCUGGAAGAAAUAAAAAAGACACAGAGGCGUUGUUUGACAGACUGGAGCUUCGCUGAGCAUUUUCAACCCCAUGUUCUUCUCCAGGUUCUUCAUACUGCGUCCCAGGAAUACAGAUGUAUUGAUUCCUUUUAUCACACCCAGGAUAACUCUUUGCUAAUGGUUCUUCACAAUCCUAUGAAUCAGUAUCGCUCGUGCCAGGAGAUUUGGGAUGUUGCAUUGCACUCCGAUGUUGGAUUCAGGAGCUAUCUUGAGCUGGUGGCCAGCUCCAUCGAAGACUGGGUGAAAGAGGAAGAAGUCAAAUACCAAGAAGAGAAGAUGGCUAAGGAGAGAGAAUCUCUUAGGCUGGAAAAAGCCAUGGCAGAAGGACUUUUCGAAUCUUCUGCAUGCGCUGUCAAAAAAAAUGACUUCCCUAAGAAAGCCAAAAGCACCACAUCAGGACCUCAGAGCAUAAUGGAGACCGUUCCAGAAUCUCAGUCCAACAAUGAAAAACGUCUCUUUAUCAGAGAAGGUUCCCUAAAGUUUCUUGGCUACAAUACAGGGGAGGAUCUCAUUCAAGUAUCAGGAACCAAUCAAUAUCUUUUCCCAUCUGAUGGAGGACAGAUUCAAGUGGAGAAGAUAAAGUUUGUAAAAGGUCCAACUUUGGUGAAGGUGAAAGUGAUAAAAGACAACCACAAUUUCUUCAUUCAUAUCACAGACCCCAAGGAAAACUUAAAAGAAAUUGAAGUGCAAGAAAGUAAUGAGGAACAGAAAUUUAGAUCAGGAAAAUUGAAAAAUCGAAAGAAAGCGGUGAGCAAGUUUGGAUCUUUUUCAGCCACCUUGGAAAAUGGAAUCCAUCUGUCCCUGAGCUAUUAUGGACCUACAGGGAAGACAGCAGAUGAUGAAACAGAUCCUGUUUUAGAAAGAAUUGUGAACAUCCCUUCCGUUCAUAUUCCGACCGUAAUUUCUCCUGUUACAUCAGCUUCAGGAAAAAAAGAUAAGUCCGUCAGACAAAGAUCAGGAAAAUCUCUGGCAUCUACAAAGGCAAACCAUGGCAUAACAGGCCCUCCCCCUGAUCACCUGGCAAAGCAAGAGGAAGGAAAG